ACAUUGAAUCCAGUCCACUUUUGGACUCUUCUUAUCGUAGUAACAACGAUUGCAUUUUGCACAAAUAUUGUCCAUUUCAUCAUCUGUCUCAUCAUUGUCAUCCAAUUGUACAAUGACAUCAUUAUUUUCUGAAUCAUCGCUGCUGGUGAUGGAAGGGUCAGCAUGCCUGACGCCGUUGGGCGCUCCUGGCACUUGCAUCUCUCUGUACGACUGCAGCGAACUUUUAAGUAUCGUGAAUAAAGGUAGUAAGUCUGAAGAAGAUAUAUUGACCUUAAAACACUCUAGUUGCGGAUAUGACGGGACCACACCAAAGGUAUGCUGUCCAGGAGAAAAACGGACGAGUAACACAUGCUUGACGCCAGACGGUCAGCGGGGCGAAUGUGUAGGCCUCUAUAUGUGCAAACAUAUCUCGGAUAUGGUCAAGCCACCUGUCUCGAUGGAGACUAUUACUUUCGUCCAGAAGUCAAGAUGUACGGGCCCUAGCCACUACAGCGUGUGCUGCGGUCUACCAGCAGACUCAACAACCACCAAUAAGCCUACUACAGGUGUCAGCAGUGUUUGUAACACACGUGGUAUUCCGUCUCCUGGCUGUUGUGGGAAGCAUUCUGCAUUUUUAGACAGGAUUACUGGUGGCAGUGUAACAAACGUGUACAAAUAUCCCUGGUUGGUCCUAAUCGAGUACAUCGAGAAAAAAAUGACAUUUCUUCGUUGCGGAGGGAGUCUCAUCAGCGACCGAUAUGUGCUCACUGCUGCGCAUUGCGUCACUGGACCAGGAGUUAAUACUCCUCCCCGCAAAGUACGCCUAGGCGAGUAUGACACUUCAAACGAAUUCUACCAAAAGGACUGCGUUUUUUACAAAGGCGUUCGUGAUUGUACUGAUGGCGCUGUCGUUAUACCUAUUUCAAGCAUCAUCCCACAUCCCGACUACGACCCUGAAGAUAGAAGACAACGAAGAAAUGAUAUUGCUUUGCUGAAGAUGACUACAACGGUGUCUUAUACUGAAUUUAUCCGCCCAAUCUGCCUACCAACAACCGAUAUGACUGUAUCGCCGCCUCCAAACUGGAAGUUAUUUGCAGCCGGGUGGGGCAAUGUCAAUUAUACUCAUAACAGUACAGUGAAAUUGGAUGUGGAACUGCCGUAUGUAUGGAAUACUGAUUGCGAAAAUGCAUAUAGCCACCGUCGCGUACUCGUCCUUGGAGAGGGUCAAAUGUGCGCUGGUGGUGAAUUAGGUAAGGACUCCUGCCAAGGGGACUCAGGAGGUCCUCUCAUGUGGGAGAACAGUAGAGGAAAGAAAUUCUAUGAAUUGGUGGGGAUUGUCAGUUUUGGACCAAAUCCAUGCGGAGAGGAGAACGAACCUGGUGUUUACACGAAGGUGUACGAGUACAUUUCUUGGAUCCGUCAGAAUGUUAAUCCUUAGGAUGUUCGACUGAAACUUUUACUAUUGAAUUUGAACCUAAGAUUACUUGGAAAUUUUCCUGUGCAAGUUCAAUUAUAAAUAAAUUAGAGUGACUUAUGAAUUGUAUAUCUUUAUCGAAAUAUAAGAGCCUAAGCACACGGCGUGUUUUAUACGCGCCAUAAACCGCGUCAUGUUUUGAUAAAAUAUGACGUUUUAAUUUUAGGUUUGUCUGUUAAUUUCAGUUAGUUUUUUCAUGAAGCAACUACAUGAAAUUUUAAGUGUAAGCUCCAGUGGAAUAUAUAGGUAAGCAUCUUGCUUGCAACGCGAUGUAUGCGCGUGUUUGAAUCGAUUCACUACAGCGCGUUUGCGGCACGUAUAUGCGCAGAUGACUCGCGUUUACGGCGUGUAUAAAAUACGCUGUGUGCCCGCCGCUGCUCACACACUAUCCUGCAUAUGACCAGCGUAUGGAGUCUCGCAGAACGCAUUGCAAUCGUGUAAUGUGUCCUGCGAGCAAUCCUCCAGGAUAAUGAAUUCCCAAACAACAAAAAUGGCAAAAACCUUUGCCAAACAGACAUAGCAUAAGGUGAAACGCAAAUAAGUCUUGAUUUCUCAAUCUCUAAAUUUCCGAUAGACAUAAAUCCCUUUAAUACCGAGAUAGCAACCUAGUCAUAGUGGUAAUAUUCUCUUUGUAUAUAGCAAAAAGUUUAUACGAGUAUCAUAAUCAAAACAAACUUGAGAGUUUCCAUAUA